ACAGAGCGUGUCCUUCCAGCCACCGGACCCCCCUCCCAGACCAAGCCACCCUGUGCCGCGCUACUACUGAUUAUUGUCAAUAAAGCCUUGAAUGGCUCUCCUGAGAGUGAUCUUUGCAUAUUUUUUUUUAAUCCCUGUACUAAUGGCUUGGACAAAAGAAUUGGGUUUCUGUCUCUGGAAAUGGAGAAGUGUUAUUAUGUUGAUCUGGCUCUCUUUUCAUCUCUGUGCACCAGGAAAUGGAGUUCAGAUUAUUUUUUUAUCUUCGUUAGCGUCAAUAGAAGUAAAUGUGACACAGAAGUUUUAUCAGGCUGAGAAGAACCACAACAUCACACUGGAUUUCACCUUCACCAUCAAACCAGAGUGUUCACAAAAUGUCCGGCUUGUUUUUUGUGACCAAAUGAAGUUUGACAAGGUUUUAUACCACUAUGUUGAAUUUGAUGGUGACACAGCGUCGGAGUCUCUGGAUGAACAGUUUUCAGGACGAGUUUUAUUUGACAAAGACGUCCUGAGAAAAGGACGAAUCAGACUCCAUGUGUCCAGACUCGAGAUGGAAGAUUCUGGAUUUUAUAUCUGUAAACUGAAGAUUGGCCAGUGUCGGGGCUGGGACACAUUUAACCUCGUUGUUACUGACAUGAUCACCACAGUUCCUCCAUCUGAAAUCCCAUCAACCAUCAGCCCUCCAGCAGAGAAUCGGGGAGGGACAGGAUUAUUUAUUGUGAUACCAACAACAGUAGUGACUAUUCUGAUUAUUUGUUACUUUAAUUAUAGAAAGAAAAAUAACUCUGAUGGAUAACCUCUCUGGCCAAGAAGACAAACUGUGUCUUCUUGACCUGUUUCAUGGUAUUUGUAUAUUCUAAUAUGUUUUGUGGGCUUUAUAUGUAUUAAUUUGGCAACUAGGAUCAAUUUAUAAUCAUUUUUAUUGUGGAUCAAAGUAACAUAGUUGAUGCUAAAACAUAAAAUAGCAAUGACUUUUUUUUUCUGGGUCUUUCAAUAAACUUUCAAAGCACUUUAUAAUAUUAAAAUAUCACAGAGCAGCUAUCCUGGAUUAAAAACAGAUUUGUUUGUUUUUUCACAUAGAUUUCUUCCCUGCAGAAGGAAACUGAUUACUUCAUUAGAGUUUGAGUCUAAAGGAAAAGUUUCUCAUGCUUGUUUAGAGUCAGUGGGUUUAAGUAACUUCCUGGUUUGUGGUUAAAUCAGCUGAACUGAAAGA